UCAUGCUGCUGCCAGGUCCAGAGUGUGUCAUGGGUCCCUGUACGGCCUCCCAUUGCUGCUGUCUCCAUCGCCACACUCUGCCAUGUGCCACUUUCAGGUCUCCUCACACUGCUGGUGGGUUCCAUUUUGUCAUAGGGUAGCUGGCAGAUUACGGGCCUCCCAUUUGCUGCUGCCAGGCCCGUAAUCUGCCAUGGGCCCCUGUACCGACUGCCGUCAUGCGCUGCCUAGGCCCGUAAUCUGUCAUGGGCCCCUGUACCGCCCUCCUCAUGCUGCUGCAGGUCCCCUGUAGCAGUGUGUCAUGGGUCCCUGUACGGCCUCCCAUUGCUGCUGUCU